CACACAUCCGCUCAGUCAAAGCCCUUAGCCACCGGAGUAUUCCAGACCACAGCAACACUAUGCGGGCUCCGGCGAACCUCCUGCACCGCAGCACGGCCGUCACAGCCGGCCCCAGCGAGCCGUCUCCGUCUCCUUCCUCGCUGCCGCCGCCUCAUCCGGAGCAGCAGCAGACGGCGCCGGUCAUGGCGAUGGACUCGGACAUGGUGGUGAUACUGGCGUCGCUGCUGUGUGCGCUAGUCUGUGUCCUCGGCCUCGGCCUCGUCUCCCGGUGCGUGUGUGGGCGACGACGCUCUAACUCUACUUCAUCCUCCGUGCCUCUUCCCCCGAAAGGCCUCAAGAAGAAGGCCAUCGACGCGCUCCCCACCGUCUCCUUCACCGUGGCCGGUGCCUCACCGCAGUCAUCGUCAUCAGCGGCGGCAUGCUCGUCGUCAUUGGAGUGCGCGAUAUGCCUUGCAGAGUUUACGGACGGAGAGAGCGUGCGCGUGCUCCCGCGCUGCGGCCACAACUUCCACAUGACCUGCGUCGACGCCUGGCUUCGGACGUGCGCCACCUGCCCCUCCUGCCGCGCCCCCAUCGUUGUCACACCGGCUCAGCCGCCGGUGGGGCCAACGGUGGUCGUGGUGGUGGCAACGGCGAACAACAGGUGCAGGAGGUGCGGCGAGCUGGAAGCGCCGGCUGGUGGUGCGGAUAGCACGUUCUUGCCUUAGCUUUUAUCUUACUCUUUUUCGAGUGUUACUGUUAGGUACUAGUAUACUAGUAUUAAUUGCUUGGCAGUUUGUCAGGGAGCCGGAGGAACUGAAUCUUUUGUGAGACAUAUUGGAUGUACGCAUCUCAUGCAUGUGGGCUUCGUGUAAUUUCAAAUCUGCCUUCUAUAAAGUU